AGAUGGCAGUAUACAGUCAGGUAAUAUCAGGAGCACCGGUGAUUUAAUGGGGUUGUCGAGUGAAAAUAUCAAGUUUUUUUACACUUUAUAUUCAGGUUCAAUAUUUACGUAAAAGAAUAUUAAAUGGGGAAAAUACGGGAGGGUAUAUUAUUAUCUGGAAUUAAAUGGAAAAGUUGGCUGAAUGCUACAUAUCAACUAGCAUAUUAGUACUAUAUCCCCAUAUGUUGAUAAAUUAGUAUUCUGUUCCGAACCAAGCUUUUUAUGGCAGUUGGACGGACUGGAGGAAUUAGUGACGUCACCCGACACGGGAAGUUGUUUGAGGCGUCAUCUGUAGAAUAAUGUGCGUUUGUGAAUCGUGUGCAAACAGAUGUGUUUUAAGAAAGCAAGUAGGUCUAAACUGCUCAGUGAUUCAAGUUUUUGUUGUGAUAGAGUUUGAUAGUUUUCUAAUCUAGUCAUUUUGGACUUGACUUUAUCAAUUAUUUGCUCAACUAGUUAAACAAAACAUGAUGGAUGUCAUUGCCUCUUCAACUCUCUGUCGAGAUUGGUAAAUGUUGCUCUCAAAAGUCACUUAGUGUUUUACGCUGUUAAUGUGGACGGGACUGCAGGGACUUCAAAUCCUGCUUGACUGGAGCAGUCCAAGGAGUUUACAAUCUCAGACAUGGUAAAUGUCAACUGCAGAAGAAAGAGGUUCAAUCUUUCUUGGGUCUGCCCAAGGUAUCGCUGCUUCAUCCUGCAGGUACACCGAGGCCACCCAGAAUCCACUGGACUGGACCAUUCUGAAGAGCCAAGACUUCAGCCAGCUUUUUCCAGUCUAGGGCAGAAACAAGAAAGUCUGGAUCGUGACGAUGGAACAGAUCAAUCCAUCGUGAAUUCAUAACCCUGAACCAACAGGAGCUCACAUAAUUACUGACGAAGCCUUGUAAUUUAUCACUUUUAUUCUGACAGGCUCCUUACACUCAUUAAAGUGAGACAUUUUACAUCUCCUGAAGCCCUGACACAGAUGAGAUACGGAUCAGAUCGGCUUUGAUCAGAGCUCUAAAUCAAAGGUGAACUCUGAACAUGAAUCUCACAGACGUUUGUGACACAUGUCAGGUGAGAUAGAGUGUGUUUUUAUAACUUUCAACAAUGUAAGUAUAAACAUUUCACCUGCACGUAUGGGGAAAAAAAUCCACAUUUCAGACUUGAUUAGGAUGAAAUGCUUUAAAUCUGUAUUUGUUGUACAAAUGACGCAAAGAAGAGCGAGUUUCACAUAGUUUUGAGCUAAAUCUCACACAUUCAUAGGCCCACAUAGGACAUUUUUGCAUGCUAACAUGUUACUUUGUGCUCCAGAUGUAUAAGUAAAAUAAGAUCUGUGGAUAUUUAAGUUACAAAAUAACGUCUACAAGUACCACAAAAAGAGUUUAUGUGCUUGAUAAAUGUAAUAAUCAUUUUAUAGUCUUUAUACAGCAACUUUUUAGCAUAAAGUGCUUGUUUCAUGUUAUUUAAAAAAAAAGAGUAGCCGGCAUAUAGUAGGCUACAUACCAUGCUGUAUUCAUUCAGUAAGUAGUCAGUUAGUGUUCCAUUCCGAAUGUAGCUGAACGUAAGUAAUCAUAAUUUGAGCUGUUGUUUGGCAGUAUAUAUGGGAUGACAUUUAGCUGGAAAAUGAGUCUUAAGCACCAUGAAUUUCUGCAUCAAUCAUUUGUCGUUGUAAACUCAAUCCAGUGGAAGCAUGCUAGCGUUAAAGCAUUUAGCUCUAUUAUGCUGUCAGUCAGUGCUGAUGUCAGCAUUGUUCUCCAGUCCUGCCUGCCAGUCCAGACCUUUAUGAGGAGAGUUUAUCCAGCGGAGCCGCACAGGCCAAAGUGACAGACGCCACUCAGAUCCUUCCACCCACAGACCUGCAACACCGACUGACAGAAAUGUUCUGUUCUUGACAAUAUAGGCACAUAUUGAAGGGCUUUGAUGCAAACAUCUGUCACUUGGCACAAAUCUGUUCACAAUACUCAAAACCUUCCUUUGAAAUAUGACCUGAAAUUUCAUCAUUGCAGUUGAUUUAAGGUGAAGCUUCAUAAAUAACAGAACAGCCUCUGAAGGUCAUCUCAAGCAUUAGAGAAGCACUGCGCUGUUCCACGUGUCUUUGGGGGCUUUGGGACCGGAGGAAUAAAACAUCUCAUCUGGAUCCUUUGAUGCGCUUUGCAGCUGGAGCAGUAAAGAGACUCGCAUCCGAUGGUCAUCUAUCUACAUGUGUACCGUAAGGAAAUCUGCAAAGGAAAGUGUUCUCCUUUAACUGCAGAGGUCUCCCCAUCCCCUCACACACCUUUACCAGCCCGUGGUUCCUUCCUACACAGAGCAGGAGGCGGAGGAGAGGACGGAGAUCGAAGAUACGCAUCCUAGUUGAAGUCAAUGAGAACUUCUCUUCGGAGGAAACGGGCGUUUGUGAAGAAGCUUCAGGACGUUUGGAGAUGCUUUUGAUGGUCUCAGCCGGUGAUAUCGCAACGUUCGUGAUCAGAACAAACCUGAGAGACCAUUUCAAUGACUCAAUGUGCUCGUUUUGAGGAGCAAAGGAGACGUUUCUGUAGGAUUCUCAGUCCGGAGACGUGAUGUUUGCCAGCGCUCGUGCCCUGCUCUUAGUUGAGAUGCAGAUGUUUAGUGUUUGAGUCUGACCACACAGGGUGAAGUCAGUAUUGCUGAGUGUGCUUCAGGCAAAUGGCCAGACGGAGAUGAAGAGGGUGGUCGGAGACAACGCCACGCUGCCGUGCCACCAUCAGCUGUGGCAAGCCGACAUCUCCCUGCUGGACAUUGAAUGGAUGCUGCAUAAAUCCAGCUCACGGCAGAAAGUGGUGAUCACAUACUUUGCCGGUCGGAUCUACGACCCCAAUGAGAGUGAAGCUGGGCGGCUGUCCCUGGCGGGAGACUAUCUAAAAGGCGACGCUUCGCUUUUGAUCAGCGACCUCUCGCUCACCGACUCCGGAGAAUACAUCUGCAAGGUCAAGAACGGCGGGAAGUACUACUGGAACACAGUCAAACUCAUCGUACUCCUAAAGCCAUCCAAACCACGCUGUUGGAUGGAGGGUCGUCUGCUGGAAGGAAGUGAUGUCAGACUGAGCUGCAAGUCCACAGAUGGUUCUGAUCCAAUCAGCUACAAAUGGGAAAGAGUCUUAGACAAAGGAAAAUAUGCUGGCAAGCUGCCACCUCUGGCCCUCAUAGAUCUGAAGAACCCUGAGAUUGUGACACUGAAAAAUCUGACGAGGGAAAGUGCAGGUGUUUAUAAAUGCACUGCCAGCAAUGAUGUCGGAGAAGAAAACUGCACUUUAGAGGUCAAAGUUCACUAUAUCCGGGGGAUGGGUGUAGUGGCUGGCGCUGUGGUGGGCGUGUCCUUCGGCGUUCUCCUCAUCAUCCUCAUCGUUUGGCUUGUUUUCCGCAAGAAAGAGAAGAAGAAAUAUGAGGAGGAGGAAGCACCCAAUGAAAUAAGGGAAGAUGCAGAGGCUCCCAAAGCCAAACUGGUGAAGCCGAACUCACUCUCCUCCUCCCGAUCUGGUAGUUCUCGCUCAGGGGCCUCCUCCACUCAGUCUAUGGUGCACAACAGCGCCCCCCGUGGACCCAGGCCUCGACUGCCUGUCGUGGCUGCCCUUAAAGAAAGCGGGCAGCCCGAAAAUUUCCCUCCAGUCCCACCGCCAUACAACCAUGUGGUCCCCAAACCUCCAGAGCCUGGCAGUAGCCCCAAAGCCAGCCCGGCAAAGCUCAACCCAGGGAACCUGGCAAGGAUGGGCGCCACACCGGUGAUGAUUCCCGCCCAAACCAAGGCAUUCCAGACUGUGUAGGAUUAAUAAAUGCCCUAAACAUACACACAAACAGAUAAAUACACACACUGCACCGAGCAUCAAAUCCCACAUCUGCUAUCAGGAACAUUCCCAAAGGAUUUCCCAUUCCCUGCGGAAAACCCAGAUGGUCAGGCCUUUUGAUUCAACAGAUUCGACUUCUUGGUAAAAUAAAUGCCUUUGUUGUUUUAUGUGCACACUGAAGUGGAAGAAGACCCCUUGUGGAGUGUAAAGGGGAGGGGGGGGGGGGGGGCGGUGUGGAGGGCUGUGCCUUGUGUUAUGAUGAUGGUUUGAGCAAACAAAAGAGGCAGAUAUGAACAGAGAUACAACUCUGCCUUUACCCAGACAGACAGCCUGUCUACCUGACCACACACUUCCCGUCCUCGCUGGGUUUGAACUGACAGCUACAGAACUGGAGGAGAAACUCACAAAAGAGGACUCUUUCCGGCACCUGCUCAUCCGCCCCUACAAGGAUUCACAUCUGCCACUCAUUUCCUCAGCCAAUCGGCAUUCGCCAGGCGGCCCAGUGGGCAUCACACCUCAACAGCCAAUGGCAGGUCACCUGCUGGGCACAGACGCUGCGAUUGGCCCAGAAUGAGGAGAAAUCAACACACUACAACAUAAACAGUGACAGUAAAUUUCUUUGUUCUUCAUUAGAGCUAUAAAUAUUCCAUAUGAAUAGACGUAUUCCAUAUUUAAGAGGUAUUUAUAGGAAUUCCAUAUAUUUCAGUUCAUUCGUAACGUGUGUGCACAUUCCCUUUAAAUCAUUCAUUUACAUUCUUCAGGAUAAUUCAAACAGUAUCUUCAGUAAUGAGGUUGAUCGUCUCAGUGGGGAAAUGGUUUGGCUCUGCUUUGGCUCUUGGUAUUUGCAAUUGAAAUCAGAUGUCUGGUUGGUGCAUCCCAUUGGAUGCAAUUGUGAUGAGGUUGGGUCAGGCUUAUUCUGUGCUGGUUUAUCUGGAUCUGAAGCGUCUAAAUGAUUAUGAUGAAACCGAACAAGCAGGCCCACACACAAUCAUGCAUAUGUGGGAAAAUCCAGUUUUCAGCAGAAUUCGAAUGGCUGUCCUUCACAAAGCUCUGCAUUGGUCAACACAAUUAAACAAAUCCCCCCUAUAUUAAGAUAUUUCAUUUGGUAUUCCCAGCUAACAAGAAAUGUUCUCAGAAAGUUCUGGCAAGGUUCUCUCAAGAGACAUGAACUUCUUCAAAUAAUGACAGUAGAACAUUUUUUCAGUUAUUUUGCUAAUGUUCUCAAAACAUGAACACAAAAAUUUUACUUAUUUCUGAAACAUUUUAGUUAGAUGUUCAUCUAACGGUUUUUAAAUAUAUAUAUAUUACUUGUUUUAGAAUGUUGAGAACAUUCGAGAGUAAUGUUGUCAUAAUGUUUGUAAAAUUAUAAAAUGGAAUGUUCCCUUAACAUUCAGCGAACAUAUGAGCAAUAUCACAGGAGUAGACAGGCCGAGUGCCAUAGGUAAUCACAGCCGUGGCGAUAUACAGCCAUAUCUCACGUCUAUGAGUGUGUUGUGUUUAUACAACAGUUCAAUGACACGAGUGAGUAAAUAAUUUAGAAACAACAACGGAGUAUCUUUGAAAGCCCCCUUUUGUGCAGAACUACUUUCUUCCGCCACGGAUUUAAAUCUAAAGUUGACAGUUCAACAGCUGAUCCCCAUUCUCCGUUACUAAUUCCAAAACGUCACUUUAGAGCUAGUAACUAAGGAACUUUGAGUUGCUUCAUUGAAAGCUUUGUAUUACUGUAGUAAAAGCUUGCUGUAUUAUGUAAAAUAAGCAUUACGAGAGAGAGAUGGACUGAGCGACUGUGAUUACCCGCAUCUGAUACAGGCAUCUCAUUCUCCUAACGUUACUUACAAUUAAGUUUG